GCCGCCGCCGCCGCCCGUCGCCCGCCCCGGCGCGGCCCCGUCCGCGAGCGCAAGAUGGCGGCGCCCAGGCCGCCCCCCGCCCGGCACUCGGGCGUCGCGAUCACGGCGCCCAUCCAGGACCUGGAGGCCCUGCGCGCGCUCACGGCGCUCUUCAAGGAGCAGCGGAACCGAGAGACGGCUCCCAGAACCAUCUUCCAGAGAGUCCUGGACAUCUUAAAGAAAUCCUCCCGUACCGUGGAGCUGGCCUGCAGAGACCCGGCCCAGGUGGAAAACGUGGCGUCCAGCCUGCAGCUGAUCACGGAGUGCUUCCGGUGCCUGCGCAACGCGUGUAUCGAGUGUUCUCUGAACCAGAACACCAUCAGGAACUUGGAUCUGAUCGGCAUGGCCGUUGACUUGGUUCUUCUCUUCCGUGAGCUGCGCGUGGAGCAAGACUCGCUGUUGACAGCUUUUCGCUGCGGCCUGCAGUUUUUAGGCAACGUGGCGUCCCGGAACACAGAGUCCCAGGCUGUCGUGUGGAUGCAUGCCUUUCCUGAGCUCUUCCUGUCUUGCUUGAACCACCCGGACCGGAAGAUCGUUUCCUACUCUUCCAUGAUUCUCUUCACGUCUCUCAACGCCGAGAGGCUGAAGGACCUGGAAGAAAAUCUCAACAUCGCCAUCGACGUGGUGGACGCUCACCGGAGGCAGCCGGAGUCCGAGUGGCCGUACCUGGUUAUUUCCGAGCAUUUUCUGAGAAGCCCAGAUAUGGUGCAGACCCUGUAUGCCAAAAUGAGCAAUCAAGAAAGGGUCACGCUGUUGGAUGUCAUCAUCGCGAAAAUCACCGGCGACGAGCCCCCCCUGAGGGAAGACGUCCCCGUGUUUCUGAGCCACGCCGAGUUGAUGGCGAGCUCUUUCGUGGAGCAGUGCAAGAUGGUGCUGGAGCUGGCCUCGGAGGAGCCCGCCGAGGACGAGGAGGUGCUGGCCACCAUCAGGCUUCUGGACGUCCUGUGUGAGAUGAGCACGAACACCGAGCUGCUCAGCUACCUGCAGGUCUUCCCCGGCUUGCUGGAGAAGACGAUCGAUCUCUUACGCCUGAUCCACAUGGCUGGCGCCGACGGCACGAACAUCUUCAGCACCUCCAGCAGCGUCCGGGCCGACGGGGACGUGUCCAGUGUGGUGGAGGGCUUCCGGUCCCACCUCAUCCGCCUGAUUGGGAACCUGUGUUACAAGGACAAAGGGAACCAAGACAAGGUGAACGAGCUGGACGGUAUCCCCCUCAUCCUGGACAGCUGCAAGCUGGACGACCACAACCCCUUCCUCACCCAGUGGGCCGUCUACGCCAUCCGGAACCUGACGGAGGGCAACAGCCGGAACCAGGACCUCAUCGCCAAGCUGGAGGAGCAGGGCCUGGCCGACACGUCGGUGCUGAAGAAGAUGGGCUUCGAGGUGGAGAAGCGGGGCGACAAGCUGAUCCUGAAGCCCACGGGCGACUCCCCCGACGGUGACUGAGCUCUCCUGCCACACGCCUGCGACUGGGCCCCGUCAGUCAUCUCGUGCUGUCUGAAAAUCGCGGCGGUGUCGGAAGGCCUCCGAGCACCAGUCGAGAGAGAGAGAGACCAGAGCUUCUAGGUGGUAGCUAGCAGCCGCGCGCGCGGCCGCGUCAGAGCGAAGGCCCGUCGUGACCCGUUGCGUUUUGCUUUCAAGCCGUCCCUGUCUGCUUGCCUCUGUCCCUGUGGACGCCACCCUGCGUGUCAGUGAUGUGUUGUACUUGCUGUGCCAGCGAACAAUAAAGUCUCGGCCGUAGG